AUGGCUGAUGCUCAAUUAUUGGACCGCUUGUUAACUGUCAUUGAACAGGAUAUUCUGCCUAAAACUCGAAUUGGUGUUACACAAGGUAACAAGAUUUUUGGUGCGGCUAUCUUAAAAAAAUCUGAUUUUACUGUUGUUAUCGCUGAAACUAACAAUGAAGUAGAAAAUCCACUUUGGCAUGGUGAAAUGCAUGCUAUCAAGAAAUUUUAUGAAACAGAAGAUCGAUCUACUCUUCCUAAUCCGAAAGAUUGUAUCUUUCUUGCUACACAUGAACCUUGUUCUCUGUGUUUAUCGGCUAUAACAUGGGGUGGUUACGAUAAUUUUUAUUAUCUAUUCAGUCAUGAAAAUAGUCGUGAUAAUUUCAACAUACCACAUGAUAUUAAAAUUUUAAAAGAAGUUUUUGGUAAUGCUGAACGUAAUGAUCAACCACUUUAUAAUCGAACUAAUGCAUUUUGGCAUAGUCACAGUAUUAUAGAAAUGAUCAACAACCUUGAUAAAUGUAGUCGUGAUCGUGAAUUACUUCUUGCUCGAGUAAAUGAAAUUACCAAACUUUAUGCUGAUCUAUCAACUGUCUAUCAAGCAAACAAAGGCAAAGCCGGUAUUCCUUUAGAUUGA